AUGGGUAAAUGUAUUUUGGGCGACGUACUUAAACUUUUACCUGUUAAGUCUCUGCUUCGAUUUAGGUGCGUAUCGAAAGAGUUUUGCUCUUUAAUUGACAGCCCAGAAUUCAUAACUCUCAAUCUCUCUCAAUCUAUCCUCACAAACACUGACCGUAACCUCACUUUUUUCAAAAGAGAUUUUUACACUGUUAUGGAUUUAGAUUCUCUAGAAUACCAGCGAGAUUAUGAUUGCUAUGAUAACUUGAAAAACUGUGUUAUAUUUGGAUCCUGCAAUGGCUUAAUCGCAUUGUGCCAUCCUCAACAAGGCAUGAUACUGUGGAAUCCAUCGACCAACAAGAAACAAACGCUACCCCAUCUACCUGAUCUUUGGGGAUCGAGGCGUAAAAUUUGUUGCUCCGAGAGUCUUCUUGUUGGAUUCGGCUAUGAUCGUGUCAGCGACGAUUACAAGGUGAUCAGAAUCUGGAAACUCAGCAGGAGAGAAGGAUCCCGAGCCAUGGUUUUUAGCGUAAAACGUAAAUCUUGUAGAAGGAUCGAGGGCUUCCCUUAUAAUAUGAGUAACCCUUAUGAUUUGGGUAUUUUUACGACUAAUAGAAAGUGCGGCGUUCUUGUAGGAUCUUGUUUGCACUGGAUUGUCUCUGAACCAGAUAAUUCUGAUACUCGGCUGAUCGUUGGUUUCAAUCUGGAAGACGAAAGACCCUUUACGGUGCCAGUUCCUGAUAUAAAGACAGCGUACGAACCCGGUUGGCCUGUGGAAUUAGGGGAAGUAGGAGGAUGUCUUAGUGUGAGCAUGUUGGCUGACGAUGGUAACUUGUUAGUAGAGACUUGGGUGAUGAAGGAAUAUGGAUGGACUAAAAUAUUCUCUGUAUACAGGGCAACUCUUAAGCCAAUAGGGUAUUAUAAAACUGGCAAUAAACUUUUAGUAUUGGACAUCCGUAGCACUGAUUUAUUAUUGUACGACGAGGAGGAAACAUCUCCGGUAGUGCCAGAGGAUCGUCUUAUGAGAUACCCCAUGUGGUAUUAUGAUUCAUUUAUAUGCACAAGAAGCCUUGUUCCGGUCGAUUUUAAUGCUAAUUAA